AUGGUGCUUUGGUCGUCGUCGACUGUGUUACUGGUGAGUUUUACUUUGAUAUUAUAAUGUUUUAGCUUUAAAACUUAUUAAAAUUUGUGUUUUGAUGAGAUUUUUGACCUUUUAUUCGUUGAAAAUAGAGUUUUGGUUUGUAAAAUAACAUACUUUCAGGUGUGUGCGUACAAAUCAAGACCGUACUUCGUCAAGCCAUCGACGAACGUGUCAAGCCAAUCCUGUUCAUCAACAAGAUGGACCGUGCUCUUUUGGAACUGCAAUUGGAUCAGGAAGAACUCUUCCAAAGCUUCGAUCAUAUAGUUGAGAACAUCAACGAUGUCAUCACUACCUGUGGUGGUGACGACGGACCAAUGGGACCAAUCAAGGUUAACCCAGCUGAUGGUAACGUCGGUUUCGGAUCAGGUCUUCACGGUUGGGCCUACACCCUGAAGCAGUUUGCUGAGAUGUACUCUUCCAAAUUCGGAAUCCAAGUUAACAAGCUAAUGAAGAACUUAUGGGGAGAUCGUUUCUUCAACUUGAAGACCAAAAAGUGGAGCAGCUCUCAAAAAGAAGGUUCAGUUCGUGGUUUCGUCCAAUUCGUCUUGGACCCCAUCUUCAAGGUUUUCGACGCUACCAUGAACAUCAAGAAGGACCAGGUUGACAAGUUCAUCACUAAACUGAACAUCAAGCUCUCAUCUGAAGAGAAGGACUUGGAAGGAAAGGCUUUGAUGGAGGUCUUUAUGAGAAAAUGGUUGCCAGCUGGUGAUACUAUGUUGCAAAUGUCCUGUAUCUACUUGCCAUCCCCUGUUACCGCCCAGAAGUACAGAAUGAAGGUGUUGUACGAAGGACCCCACAAUGAUGCCGCCGCUACCGCCAUCAAGAACUGUGACGUCAACGGACCAUUGACGAUGUACGUGUCCAAGAUGGUACCGACCUCUGAUAGAGGACGUUUCUACGCCUUCGGUCGUGUAUUCUCCGGAAAGGUCGCUACUGGCAAGAAGGUCCGUGUCCAAGUUCCCAACGGCGUUUCAGGCGAGGAAUUUUUACUUGAGCCAACUAUCGAAAGGUAAUUUUAAUAAUUGGUUUUUUUAAAAUUUUUAAUGGCUAAAAAAACUGAAGUUUCAAUUUUUAAUAUUCAGUGUCAUUUUAUAUUAUUUAUUAGGUAGUCAAAAUAUAAAUGAACUUUUUUAAAUUUUUGCAAUGUAUAAGUAAUGUUUCUUAAAUAACAACACUUGCUGUUGAUUAAUUAUUCUACACUGCAAAAUUACUUCUUAUCUACUUUUCAAGUCUAUUUGUAGUCAUGUAGCACUAUAUUUAGAGAUACUGGACGUUUAAAAAGUUUUUGCGGUAAAUUUGAAUACAUCAAUUUUGCAGACAGUUUUUGGAGUUGUAAGCACAAUCCAGGUACUCUUUAAAAAUUUUUCGAAUAUGCUGAACUUGUUUUUGUCUGUCGUUGUGUUUUUAUGUUUAUCUUAGCUUCUAAGCGAAGUUUUGGAGCUUUGUGACAUAUCAAGACUCCGCCCGCCCUUUCACUCUGUGUAGCCACCAAACUUAAAAGCGGUUUAAAAAUUAAAAACAGCGUCAUUUUUUGAACAUUUCCUCUUUCGGUGGCAACAGAAUUCAUUCUAAAGCUUAUCACCUUCUGAUUUUUUAUCGAUUUUUUUACUACUUUGUUGAGUAACCACUUUCAGUGGACCAAUUUAUUAAAAACAGCCAAAAUAGUAUAUUUACUUUUAAUACAGCUGCUAUCAUUAAACUAUUAGCACAAUUUUUUAGGUUAUCUACUACUCAUAGCUUUAGGCUAUUUAUGUAAACAUUUGAUGGUCUAGUUGGCACAUAUUUGUUUCUACCGUGUGCAUAAAAAAUAAAUUUUUUUGCUAACAUUUUUUAAUGUAAAUUCAAAAAUAAGACUUUAAAACAUAGAUUUAUUCAAUUACAGAGCCUAAGUUAAGUUUCUGAUAUUAUAUUAUGUUGUCCGGAAAGUUCUGACCUUUUAUGAUAGCCGAAUUUAAAAAAAUUUUUUUUGUUUGGAAUUUAGUUGCUUCUAUUAUUUAAAAAAAUCCAUUCUUAAAAUUAAAAUUUUUAUUCGUUUUAGGUAGGUAGAAAUUUAAAAAAUUUUAAGGAAAUUUUUUAUCGAAAUAGAUUGCCGUAAUAUAAAAGAGCAGAAACUUUAUUGAGCUAUUUGUUCAUUCCCAAAUUAAUGCUCUAGGGUCUUAUUGUUAAGUUUGCAUCAAAAAAAGUUAGCAAAACAUUUUCGUUUUUUAUGUAUACGGUAAAAACAAAUACCCCCCAACUAAACCAUCAAAAGUUUGCAAGAAUGCCCUAAGGCUAUAAACUGUGGAUAAACUAAAAAAUGGUGCUAAUAGCUUAUUAGGCAUCAAUAUUAUAAGAACACAUGAGAUUUUAGCUGUUUUGAAAUUGGCACAUUGAAAGUUGUUACCAAAAAUGUAGUACUUUUCGUAAAAAAUCGGUUGAAAAUCAGACUGCGAUAGGCUUAAAGACGGCUCCUGAUGCUGCCGGACAAAGAAGUGCUUAAAAAUGACUUUUUUGUGGACUAGUGUACGAUAGAGAAAUAUUUAAUUUCAAGAGUUAGUGUCUACACAGGACAACUCCAGAAUUCACUUUAAAGUCAAAAUAUUUGUAUUUUACGUUUGGUGAUGCAUAUUUUCUUUGGUAUUUCGUAAAUUUCUGAAAUUUGGCUUAGAUACUAAAGUAACUAUUUACAACACAAUUACAAACAAACCUGGUUCAAAUCUUUCUAGAAUUUUUGAGAAAAGUGGCCGAAGCAUUUUUUAAAGUAUGACACAUUUACCGUUCUUACGUUAGUGAAGACCGUGCAAAAAAUUAAGAAUACGUGCUACAAAAACAAAAAACUAUUUUUCAUUUUAUGUAGUGUUGCUCAGACCGAUUUUAGUCCUUUAUUUAUUUUCUGUUUCUAACAGCUCAAAUAUGUGUUGACAAACUUAAUGUAGCCAGAUUCAUCUCAAAAAAAUUGAAAAAAUUUAGAAUUUCUAAAAGUUGAGCUACAUGUGUCAAAAUGGUUUUAAAACGUAGAAAAAUUUUUUAAAAUGUUUUUAAUGAUUCUAAUGUUGCAGUAUAGAAUAAUUGUAAAACAAGCAGUGCUAUUAUUUAAGAAAUACAAAUUAUAUUUAAAAAGUAUUUUGGGCUCAAAACUUUCCGGACAACCUAAUACAUACUAAAAACGAAAUUUAAAAAUUUCUACGGCUUAAAAUCAAAUAAAACUGUUUUUAAUUUUACUAAUUAUAAAUGUAUUCUUAUUUUAAAUUUAGCGUUGUCUUUAUGACGGGAUGUCGCAGAGAAUCCAUCGAAGAAGUCCCAGCCGGUAAUUUAGUCGGUAUAACCGGGGUUGACCAGGUGUUGGUCUCAGAGGGCACAAUAACAUCGGUAGAUCAAAGACACAAAUUAAAAGCCAUGUCGUUUUUUGGAUCACCGACAGUCUGUGCGGUCAUUGAGCCAGAAAAUCUUGAUGAAUUGCAAAGCCUUGUAAGAUUUUAAGAAAAUUGAAUAAUAUAAAAAAUUGUCUUACUCUACCUUAUCAUAUACUACCCAACCUUACUUCACUCUCUCUACUCUACCGUACUCUACUCUACUAUACCCUACUUCUACUCUAACCUUUUUUAACCGUCUUUUAUUUUUUAAGAUAAAUGGAUUAGAACGUUUGUCCAAAGCCGAUCCUAUGAUUGAACUGCACUUCGGAGAAAAUGGCACACUUGUUAUUGCCGGGGCUGGUCAAUUACACGUAGAAUACUGUUUGAAACUGCUGGAAGAAGAACACAAAACCAAAAUCAAGGUUAUCCAGUGGGAUGUUUGUUACGAGGAAUCGGUAAAGGAAUCCUCGCACAUUCCCUGCUUGAUUAGAACAGAAGACAAAAUGAAUAGUAUCGAAGUUACUGCGUGUAAAAUAACACAAAAAAUGGCAGAAAAGGUGGUGGAGAUUGGUCGUAAUUUCAAAGUUAACGUCAAGCAAGGAAGACUAUACAUGGAGGAUUGUGGUUACAACACGGAUGUUUCAAAAAACAUCUGGAGCUUUAGACCAAACGGCAACAUUUUAAUUGAUUACACCAAGGGAGUACAAUACCUGAACGAAAUCCAAAAGGCCGUCGCAGAAGGGUUUGACGAAGCAACUAUGCGGGGCCCACUUUGUGGCGACCGAACUCAAGGUGUUCUGGUCAAACUUAACAAUGCUAAUUUACAAAGACCGGAGAAGCGAUCUGAAGCUGACUUCAAAGAAGUUGUGCGUAAAGCUACUCACGCAGCUAUCUUAAACGCAAAGCCAGUGAUCCUGGAACCGCUAGUCGAAAUGGACAUAGAGUGCGAGGCAGAACAUGUCACCGCCAUUUGUUCAGAAUUUCAAAAAAGGGACCUUAAUUGCGACGUAACUCCCGCUGGUGGGGAUUUUCCCAGACGAACUAUUCACGCUUCGCUUUUCUUACGUGAAUCGUUUGGUAAGUUUUACAAGUAUAUUUUAAACAAAGGGAGGGGGGGGGUGUGAAGAGGAGUGGAUCUACUUUAUGGGUAGGAGGUAGGAUACAGUGUAACUAUAUGUCUAGCUCUAGUUCUAGCCAUAGCUGUUAGUCUUAAUUGUUAGUCUGUCUUAGCUCUAGCUUUCGCUAGCACUAGCUAAUUUUAGCCUUAGCCUGCUCUAGCUUUAAUUUUAGCUUUAGUCUUAACUCAUACUCUAGCCUUAAAUCAAGCCAUGGUUUUAGCCCUAGCUUUAUCCCUAGCCCUAGCCCUAGCUUUAGCCUAGCCUUAGCCUUAGUUCUAGCUCUAGUAUUAACCCUAGCCCUAGAAAUAGCCUUAGCACUAGCUUUAGCCCUACCCCUAUCCUUAUCCCUAGCCCUAUCUCUAACCCUAUCUCUAGCCUUAGCCCUAGCUUUAGCCCUAGCUUUAGCCUAGCCUUAGUUCUAGCUCUAGUAUUAACCCUAGCCCUAGAAAUAGCACUAGCCUUAGCCUUAACCCUAGCCCCAGAAAUAGCCGUAGCACUAGCCUUAGCACUAGCUUUAACCCUAGCUCUAGCCCUAGCCCUAGCCCAAGCCAUAACCAUAGCCAUAACCAUAGCCAUAGCGAUAAUUAUAGCGAUAGCCAUAUCCAUAGCUAUAGCCAUAUCCAUAGCCAUCGCUAUAGCCAUAGCCAUCGCUAUAGCCAUAGCCAUCGCUAUAGCCAUAGCCAUCGCUAUAGCCAUAGCCAUCGCUAUAGCCAUAGCCAUCGCUAUAGCCAUAGCCAUCGCUAUAGCCAUAGCCAUCGCUAUAGCCAUCGCUAUAGCCAUAAUCAUAGCCAUAGACAUAACCAUAGCCAUAGCCAUAAUCAUAGCCAUAGACAUAGCCAUAGCCAUAAUCAUAGCCCUAACCCUAGCCCUAGCACUAGCCGUAGCACUAGUCUUAGUUCUAGCCUAA